CGCUGUGACAGCUUCACAUCUGUCGGAUUAGCCUCACUACAGCAGGAAACCGUGCAUCCUGGAUGUUGUAGCAUAGCUGUCAAGCCUCCUGCUCUCUUAUUUCAGCUUCCUCUCCACUGAGGCGUAGUUUAUACAGACACAUUUGCUGCAUAUUCUAGCUUAGCAGCACCACCUCGUCCAAUUUCCAGCCUUAGAUGGAUACAUACCUUUGGCUAUAGAGGUGCAGACUGUUGGGCUGUCCGGUGAAGCAAACCCGCCAUGCGUGAAUACAAGCUCGUGGUGUUAGGCUCUGGAGGUGUGGGCAAGUCCGCUCUGACAGUUCAGUUUGUACAGGGAAUCUUUGUGGAAAAAUAUGACCCUACAAUAGAAGACUCGUACAGAAAGCAAGUUGAGGUAGAUGGGCAACAAUGUAUGCUUGAAAUUCUCGACACAGCAGGCACAGAGCAGUUCACGGCGAUGAGGGACUUGUACAUGAAGAAUGGCCAAGGCUUCGCUCUGGUAUACUCCAUCACAGCACAGUCCACCUUCAACGACCUGCAGGACCUGAGAGAACAGAUUCUACGAGUAAAGGACACAGAGGAUGUGCCGAUGAUCUUGGUGGGGAACAAGUGCGACUUGGAGGAUGAGCGUGUGGUGGGGAAGGAGCAGGGCCAGAACCUGGCCAGACAGUGGAACCACUGUGCCUUUUUAGAGUCCUCUGCUAAGUCAAAGAUCAACGUCCUCGAUAUCUUCUAUGACCUGGUCAGACAGAUAAAUAGGAAAACGCCAGUGGAAAAGAAGAAGGCGAAAAAGAAAUCCAACUGUGUCCUGCUUUAAAAGACCCCCUCCAGCCCCUGCAGCAGCUCUGAGCCAGAAAUGCUGUAAUGAAGAACUGUUGCCCUGAUUGGAACGUGCCAGCAUUCCAACAGCCCCCCCACCACCCACUUCCCCAACCCCUCCAUCAGCCAUACACGGUGAAUCAGCUGAACUGCUCCUAUCAAAGACGAGGAUGACCUGCACCAGAGAGAGAGAGAGAGAGAGAGAGAGAGAGAGAAAGGGAGAGUGAGGGAGAAAGAAAGAGAGAUGGGCAGAGUGAAGAGAGAGAUGGAAAAGACAGUAAGAAAGAGAGAAGACUGUUCUCUCGCCUCCGAGGACCUUCCUCUGUGUCUCAGUUUCAGUGUGAACCCUUAACAGACAGUCUCCAUUUUCUCCACCAACAAACGCCACAAACUUAUGAUGAUAAAAGCCUCUGAAAGUUUAAAAAAAAAGUGUCCAUGAGCCGCCUACAUGGCCAAAGAUCAGCCCCCCCUCGUUUUCAUUUUUGGACCGCUAAACAAAAAGAUAAUAGCAGCGAUGAAAAGAAGGAAAACAAAGUUAGAACUUCAGUAUUUUUCAUCUUUUUCAAUAUCAAUAUCGUAGUUGAAAGACAUGGAAGUUGACCUCUUUUUAUUUGUAUGAUUAUAAAUAUUCAAAAACGAGCAUGAAAAAAAUGCAUCAGUUAUUAAGUGUAGAUGUUUUCAAGUGGAAAAGUGAGAUUUUUUUUAUAGCCAUACACCUAUUCUCCAUGCCUGUCAUGUCAGUGAUGAUAGAUCAAGGUCUAUAAUAUGUAUUAUUAUUUUUAUUAUAUAUUUUUUUCUUUGUUCGCCCUGUUGUUCAUGGACUUCUCUUCUGCAAAUAUCUCUCUCUGAUGUGACUUAAUUUUAUACUCCGUCACUGGGAUUUCAUAGCUCCCAUAAUAUAUUCUAAUGCCAUUUUUUGCAUAAUAAUGCUUCAGAUAAAAAUGGGUCUUUUAUAGAAGAAAUAUGGGGAAAAAUAAGGAUUGAUUUCUAUGUCUCUUGAAGCUGAAAUAUAUUAUACUAAACCAACUCUAAUAAUGCUUCGUGUUUUUCUGUCAAUGAUGUUCCAGCUUUUAUGGAUUAUUAAAGUACAUUUUAGUACAUUUUCAUUAUAUUGGUCAAUGUAUUUUUGUGAAUUAAACUUUUAUCCAAA